AUGAUACCGGGGAGCCCCCAGACCAAAGAGCCCCAGCUCCCGGUGCGGGGAUCCCUUGCCUUUUUACUCUUGGAGAAUCUCACAUCAAAGUUCACCCAUCCAUGUGUGGUGGAUCUCAAGAUGGGCACACGGCAAUAUGGAGAUGAUGCAAGCCAGUCAAAGAAAGCCAGCAAAACAGCUAAAGUUGCCUCCACGACUUCUGGGAAGAUUGGAGUUCGUAUCUAUGGCAUGCAGGUUUAUGAUGUGAAAUUAGAGCAAUUUUUGUGCCGAAACAAGUAUUUUGGUAGGGCUCUAUCUGUGGAAGGAUUUGAAGAAGCCCUAUGUCAGUAUCUGAAUAAUGGUGAACGUCUCCGUUUGGACCUCAUUCCUGCCAUGCUGGAAAGAUUGGAAUCUCUCAAGAAUGUUCUGGAAUCUCUACAGACAUUCCGCUUCUACACCAGCUCUCUCCUGAUCAUAUAUGAAGGUAAAGAUGAUCCACAUGGCCUCUCCUCAUCAGAAGAUUCUCGAGACAGCUAUGAUUCCAGUCACUCAGAUGUGGGAAUCUUGGUGGAUGUCCGCAUGAUUGACUUUGCCCAUGCCACUUAUGAAGGAUUCCAGGAUGACAGUAGUCUUCAUAUUGGACCUGAUUCAGGUUUCAUCUUCGGUUUGGAGAAUUUGAUUGAUGUCCUGAAACACAUCUCAGACAAAUAUUCAGCUUGAAUGCUGAACAUCAUGUGAUUGCCUGCUAGUGUCAUGUUGUUUGGGGCAGGCUCAUGCAUCAUGGGCAGUUGCUACAACUGCAUGUUUUGGUUUAUCUGUUGAAACUUUCUCUAUUAUGUAUUUAGGGCUAAGAUCC